AUGGCACCUAAUAAGACGGGAGACACAGGUGCAGCACCGGCAUGCCAGCAAGUUAAUAAUCCUUCUGAUGUUAUUGAUCUUGAGGCCAACAAUGUAAGAGAGAGAGAUGAUGAGGCAACAGAUGUACCUGAUGGAAAAAGACAUAAGAAGUGCACGUCAGCGGCAUGGGAUCACUUCACUAAGUAUAUUAAGUCAGUUCAGGUGGAUGGCAAGAUAGUUAAACAAGAGUGGGCAAAAUGCAAAUACUGCCCUUAUGAAGCCCAUCGUAAAGGCAGAAAUGGUACAUCAGUGUUUUUGUCGCACACUAAGUCACAACAUUCCAAAUUAGCAGGACAACAACAGCUGAAAGUAGAGAAGAAUGAGUCUGGUCUCAGUUCUGUGGAACCUUAUAGAUAUGAUCUAGAGGUCUCGCUGAGAAAGUUUUAUUUGGCAAUCAUCAUGCAUGAGUACCCCUGUCGAGCAUGA